AUGAUAAAAGGACGAUUCGCCGAAAAUGUCGACGUCCCGCUGUUCAAAUCGAAGCUCCUGGACGCCAAGUUCAAGGAAUGGGUACGAUACAUGGACGACACCCAAGACGGACACCCCGGGCGGAAGCUAUGGCAGUCGUAUUUCGCCUAUCAAAUUCGCACCCGGUCCUGUGAAGCCUCUCGCGACGUGGAACACCUGCGAGCCAUCGUUUCGAGGCUAACGAGCCACACGGGACGAGACUUUGACGAGAUCAACGAGGCUAUUUCCCGCCUAACGGUCGAGCGCCACAUACGGCUCCAGAUGCUAAGGCUCAGUUUUGACGAUAAUGACCUGAAUCUCAUGUCCGCGGCCGCGUACGUGGGGUGCCUCGACCUCGUGGAGAAGCUCCUCGACGCAGGCCACUGGCCUACCAAGGAUACUGAGAUCUUCCCAUCCGCCAUGUACGCCGCAGCGUGGGGAGGGCAUGCUCACAUUCUCGAACGGAUCCAAGAGCGCCUGCCCGACCUAGAUAUCUACGGCCACGACUGUACGCGCUGCUUUUGGCGCGGAAAGGUCGGGCCCGGCUCCCCUAGCCGCGGCUCGUCGAGGGAAUCUCGAGCUUGUUCAACUCGCCGUGUAUCCCCCAUCUCGCACAAACGCUUCCUGUCCGGACACGUCCACCUUUAUGCCGGCAUGUCGCGUGGCUUCGUUGUCGUGGAUGGGCCGGGGCUAGACCUUUACGCGGCGAAGAGGGCCGCCGCGACCCCGGAGACAUGGGACUUUCUCAACUCCUUCUUUGCGAAGUGGCCCAAGAAGGAUGGCAUAUACUGUGGUGCCGACCUAGAUCCUUCACUAGAUCUGCUUCGGCAGGCCAGAUGGGGCCACGCGCGUAUGGUGGAACACCUCCUGAGCAUUGGCGUGGAUGUCGAGUACUCCGAUUCAUCUGGCCCGGCGUUGAUGCAGGCAGCAAGAGAAGGUCACAAGGAUGUCGUAGAGAUUCUUUUAGCGGAAGGCGCCGAAAUUGACUGCAAGGAUAAGAAGGGGUCGACGCCCCUCGGCACGGCGGAGACGCUCCGCGUGGCCGUGGUCCGGGAGGAUACAGUAAUGGUGGAGCUUCUGCUAGAUAAAGACAUCGCGUCUCGCCGACGUCGGUCGGAUGUCCUCAAGGUGGCGGUGGAUGAGGGGCUCGAGUCGAUGGCGGACCUUCUUCGACAACACGGGGUCACUCCGCCCGCGGCAGAUAGACGGCUGAGCCUUUGA